GUCGCCAUGUCGCGAUAUUCAAGGGACGACCCACGUUCAAUUUUCUUCAGCGGCAACUCGACGCCUCUUCGCAGUUACGCCGGGUCGGAUUUGUUCAAGCGCACCACAACCACUCCCGGUACACCCAACCAAUCAACCAGUCCCACACCUUCGACCUCCUCCACCAGUCCCACCAGUGUUACCCCUUCCACACCAGCACCCGAUCCCACCAAACCCGAGCCCGUCGUUCGCAUCAUCCCGAUCCUGUACCCUGCCCAACCGGCCCGACUUAUUGGCGGUACGAGUAGCUACGGGAACACCCCCCGUCCAAACCCACCCGAUGGCCAAGACACGGAUAAUGCACCAGUGAAGGGUCCUGCCGAGGUCACUGCCUCCACCACACCAACACCCUCUCCACCGGCCCCAUCGCCGGUCACCACCGGGAUUCUGAAGUCACCGCUCGGUACACCGUCUGCUGCCGGUUCCGGGACGCCCUCGCGCGUCUCCUUCUCGACCCGUCCGAUCUCGACCACCACCCCCGCCCCCAAGCCGACGAUGGCCGGCCCGAGUGGCACAAACCCGUCCAACGUACCGCUGAGCGGUACCAGCAAUGGAGUCCACGGCCGGACGCUUCCACUAGCGAAGGCAUCGCGGUCGGUGGAACCUCCGCUGCCACCGCCGGUAGUUGGAGGAGGUGAGCCAUCGGUGGGUGUGCCGCAUCAUUCCGAGCCGGGACCGGUUGGGUCCGGUGGGCCCGCCUGUCGCAUGCAGCUGGCACUGUACGGUUGGCGCAAGAAGUGUCUGUACGCGCUCAUCUUCAUCCUGAUGGUCAUGAUCAUCGUGAACCUAGCGCUUACGCUGUGGAUCAUGAAGGUGAUGGAGUUUUCUUCGAAUGGUAUGGGCCAGCUGAAGAUAGUGCCGGGCGGUAUCCAACUCACCGGACAGGCGCUAGUACUCAACACACUGCGAGCAUCGUCAAUUCGUUCGAAACACGGACAGCCUAUUUCUGUUGAGUCCUCACGCAAUCUGAGCGUAAACACAAGGAACGCGUACGGUGCGGUCGAAAAUCAGCUAUUUCUUGGACACGAUCGGCUAGAAGUUCUGGCCAAUCAUUUCCGCAUUACGGACACACACGGCACCAACCUGUUCGCGGUCGAUCGGGACGAAGUCAUCGUCGGGGCCGGUUCGCUGCGGGUGGAAGGUGAGGGAGGGGUGGCGUUUCGGGACUCGAUCCAAACGCCGCUCGUACGUGCGGAUGCCGGUAAGGAUUUAAAGCUAGAGUCACCGACACGAUCGCUGGAAGCGCGAGCGACGCAGGAGAUAUUCAUUCAGUCUCGUGCGGGAGGCAUCGAGACGACCUGCCUGAACGAUCUGAAGCUACACUCCGUUGCUGGCAGUAUCCGGCUCGACUCCAGCGCCAUCUAUAUGCCUAAUCUCAAAACGGUGCAAACGGUAGGUGGCGCUAGUAGCGUCGGGGUUGGUAGCGGCAGCCUACUCUCCUCCUCGGCCCGUGCCGACACGGCUGGCAAGAUCUAUCAGCUGUGCGCGUGCUCUAGCGGUAAGCUGUUCCUGGCGGCGCCCAACAGCGUCUGCACUGCCGACGAUAGCGCCAUCUGCAGGUAAUACUAGUUCGCA